AUGGACCGACUAUGGCUUUUCAUCACCUUGGCACUCAUCCUUCCAUAUACAUCCGCCCUCCGAAUCGCCAGCGCCCUAAACACCAUCGAAUACACCCCCGAACUGAUCGCCAGCCAAGACUACGCCAACGGCUCCACCUUCACAAUCGUCAACGGCCAGCUCGCCAACCUCGUCAGCGACACCAGCAUCGACAUAGCAGCCAACGCUGAAACGCAAGCCCUGCGCCAAUUCGCCACGCAUAAAAACGUCCGCAUCAUCUACACGGUGGCGGAGGUCUAUUACCGGAUUGCGGCGAAUAAGAAGACGGUGAGCAGUGCGAAGGAUUUGAAGGGUAAGAAGAUCGCGACGUUCCCUGGCACGUCGGCGGCGUAUUUUGUGGAGAGGUAUAUGGCGAGUGUCGGGUUGGGGGAGGGCGAUUAUACGGUUGUGACGGGGUAUCCGUGUUCGGCGGCGCCGUGUGGUGCGGGGACGUUUCCUUAUAUGGUGACGCAUGGGAGUGCUGAUGCUGUCGGUAUGUGGGAGCCGUCAGUCGAACUGGCGAUUCAGGCACUCGGGAGCGACGCCCUCGUUCUUCAAGAUCGUUCCGUCUAUCGAGAGAUCUUCAACCUUCACAGCACAACAGAAAAGCUCGCCGAUCCGACAACUCGAAAAUCCAUAGUAGCCUUUCUACGCGCUCUAAACCAAGCCGAGAAGGUAUUCACCAACGACCCAGAGAAGAUCUGGCCUCGCGUCGCUACAGCGCUGAGUAUGAAUACGACGAUACUGAAAGAUGUCUGGCCAAUACACUCCUUUAAUGGAAGUCUAGGCGGGACUCUACCAAGUGACUUGCUGAGCGUCUUAGUCGCGGAGGACCAAUGGGUCGCGAAGCAAGACAGGAGAACCGCCAUGUCGCAAAGCGACCUCAGCGCACUGAUCGACGAGAGCGUAUUGAAAGAGGCGAUGCAAAAUCCAUGA